AGGAAAGCCACACCUGCCUAUGUCUGAGUAUAAUUAAAACACUGUGACACUUUCCGCUACUACAGUGCAGUUAUUCCUGAUUAAAUUCCAAAGACUGAAGUUAUUAAGUGACAAAAGCAAUUGUGCCGGCUGUCAGGAUCAAUGCAAAGGGACGGGAAGUGAUGUACUUGGCCAAGGGGCAGUCAGUCAAGUUGGUCUGUCCUUAUGAGCUGGAACCUCAGGACCAUGGUCCAAACAGCCUGGACAUUGAAUGGACGCAGAUGAACUCUGAUCCUACCAGUCUGGACAAUGUGAUCCUUAGCUACCAUGACCAAAAAGUGAUCCAUCCUGGCUACAAUUAUGUACAGCGGUUUGGAAACCAAGAAGGAGCACAAUAUUUAAGUAACUAUCAGAACAUGGUGAAGGACAACGCAGUUGGCCACCAUUUCGCUCCUUGCUGCUCAGGUCUGCAACAGCGAGUAAACUUUGCCAUGCCUGAUCCGAGCCAAUAUGAUGCUUCCAUCAACCUGGAAAAUGUUCAGAUUUCCGACUCAGCAACAUAUGAAUGUAAGGUGAAGAAGACUACACUGGCAAGCCGCAAAGUGACCAUCAUGGUACUUGAGAAACCAUCUGUUCCCAAAUGCUCGAUUACAGGGAAGGUAGCCGUGGGCCAUGAAGUCACUCUUUGUUGUGCCUCAGAAGCUGGCAACUCCCCUCUUACGUACCAGUGGACCAAACUGGCAGAUCACCUCCAUGGGAACUUGAACCCUGCUCUCACUACACAAGGUCUCAAUCCUGGUGACAUCGUCAUUAAGAACCUCUCAUAUGAACACGUUGGCAUGUACCAGUGUAGUGUGGCCAACAAAGUUGGAUAUGCUCAGUGUGUGCUGGAGAUCACUUUUGAAAAUGAUUCCAGCUACACUGUCAUUGCUGUGGGAGUAAGCCUUGGCUGUCUGCUAAUCCUGGUUCUCGUUCUGUGUCUCGCUGUUGGACUCAUUUACUACUUCAGGAGGAGCAGAUGCAAGGAAGAAGCCAACCAGAUCAGGGUUGAUGCAGCUCCUCCACGGGACAGAAGCAAGAGCCCACAAUCUGUUUUCGGCUACCUGUCAAACAGGCUCAGCUUCCAACGUGGAAAGUAUGAAUCCCCAAAGGAACAGGAAGGUAUUGAGAUUCUCUGCCCAGCCCAAGACCAAGACCAAGACCAAAGCUCCUCUGUAAAUUCCUGCAACAAGGAGAGUGAGAUCCAAAACAACAGUUCUGUGUUCGUCACCACGAAGGCCAGAGUUCAUCAUGCCCCAGUCAUUCCUUCCUAUUUACAGUCAAAAUCUCGAGCCCAAACUUCCUUUCAGCCACCUACUAUCUCCAGUCUUGGAGAAAUUAACUCUUCCACCUUUGAACGGAAUAGGACCCAGGCAAAGCGUCAUCAUCCUGGUCAAUAUGGGGAUGUCUCUGUGAUAGUGUCAGCUAAUUCUAGAGAGGACCUUGUGGUCUAAGCUCCUCUGGCCGCUGAUGUAAGAAUGUAAUCAGGGACAUUAAAUUUCAUAUACAGAGAUGUACGCCGCUACAGAAUUUCAAAGACAUGAAGAAAUGCUUUCCUGCUCUAGUAGAGAAACGUUUGCCGUCUGACUGAACUUACAUUUCUGCUUGACCUUUUCCACCACGUCCUUCCUUUUUGUAUCACUGUGUCCAUCUGCUCAAAUUGCAUACUAGCAAGCUCAAGUUUCAUGGAGAGGGCCAAUUCCUCAGAUUUGUUUUUCACGUGUGUUUUGUUUUUCAUUUUUACCUCCGUAUCAUAGAGUUUGUAUUUCACAAGGCUAAUAUGUCAAUGUGUGUUCUAAUAUUUGCUGUAUAUACUUAUGUAUAAAUCUAGAAAUUUUAGUCGAAAAGUUGACCUGAGUCGACUUAUCCAUGGGUCAAUAUAUGUACUGUAUUUUAACUCUUAUAUUAAAAAAAAGAACCAUCCACUGGUGAAAGGCAAGAGUGUAAUCUGUCCUGGAAGCACUGACUCCCUUCUACUUUUUCAUCUAUCCAGGCUUUAAUGUAAAGAAAAUUAGUUAU